UAUCCAGCUAGGUGAGGUCCCCUGUAAACGGAACACGUAGCCGUUCGAAAUUUUAAGCGGCCGAAAAUUCGACCCGUGUACACAAAGCCUAGAACGCCCGGAGAGCUGCGCGAUCCAUAGCGCGCGCGGUAACAAACCAUUUUCAACGGCUCACGACGAUUCGUUAUAUCAAAUGUACAUGUGAAUCACACCAGAAAACACAAAACAGAUAAUGUAAGUAAUUGUGCACGAUUGUGUUGUGCGUACACAAGAAAGCCGCGCCAUGACUUUACAAAAGUGCACGAUUCAUUUUACGUCACUUCUGUUAGGUGACAUCACAAUGGGAAAGAAAUCAACAAGUUGUACUUAUAUCAACUUUUCGUUGAGCUGGUUCUGCAAAUUUUCUGCGGAGCUUUAUCCAGAAUAUUCGUUUUUCUACUUGCGAUUUCUCAACAUUAAAACGUUUACGAAAUGUCUUCAAACGCGAACCAAUCUGUCAGUGUGACUGAUCACAAGAGAUUCAAAAAGCUUUGGAUCAAAAAGCCUUCUGACCAAGAGGAUGAGCCAGAUCAACAGGCCCAAGCACCAGUUAUCCCGGACAGCUGCUUGUAUGGCAGUGAUAUUUACCUCCCUGACGACCGACCUCUGCCUGAUCUCCUCAACGCAAUUCCAGAGGAUGACUUGCCUGUGUGUCGGCCUUUCUCUGAGUGCAAUGAGGACAUCCCAGAAGCCUCGGUGGUACUCGACGCCAUUAUACGUGCACAAAACACUCGGCCUCAAGUGGUUCAUAAAAAAUGGACCCCGGAUGAAGUCAAAAUCUUUGAGACCAAGUACAACACUUUGGUCAGCUAUCGGGAGAAAAAGUUCGCCUUGAUUGCCAGAGGUCUUCCGAACAAGAGUAUUGGUGACUGCGUCGAGUUUUAUUACCUCUACAAGAACGUCUUGCAAUUCAAACAUGCCGAGAGAGAACGCAAACGUAAGGAAAAGGAGAGGCGUGAAGCGAUCGCGCGAUCGUAUGAGCCUUGCACCAGCCGCCUGCGAUCGGGGCGACCAUGCUCGUCUCGUGCAGUUACCUUUAAAGACCCGCGGGGUGUGGGCGUAGCUAAGGCGUCCUCAACAGUAACAAAUGGAGCUGAGAAAACCCCACGCGACGCACCUAGCAUUCCGUCGACUCCGAGUAAAGAGAUACCGGCAGUGUCACCCCAAGAUGUGCUACCUGUCAGGCCAGUGAGCCCUAUAAUAGAUGUGGAGGAAUUGACAAGUGAAUCGCCACUUGUGUUGCUACAAGGCGUCAGCAUGCAAGCCUGCGAAGCGCGAGCUACUGGCAGGAAGAGAAAGCUUGCCACGAGUGUGGAUGACACAAAUGCACAUCAGCCAAAGAAGGCAAAAGGUAUUGCUGACCAAACACCAUCGAAACAGCACGUGGACGUUAAGCAGCGCCUCGUUGGGCAGAAAAGAAAGCGCGUGGACGACGACUGUAAAGCUGCUGCGACGAAGAUUAAAGUCAUCAGUCAGGAUAGUGGGUCAACCACCUUGAGACGCCUUCAACGUAAACGAGAGAUUUACCAGGCUGAGGUGUGCACAGCGAGCGUGCUGAAGACGCGAGGAGGACGAUGCGUAAAGGUCCCACGGAAAUUGAGCAUUUGA